GGGACGCGGCUGCGCAUGAUCCUACCGGAUAUUACGUUAUUUGAUAUAUCUGUUUUACCGCUAAAAUGAUCAAAACACAAGUGAUUUUAACAAAACAAUAGUACAAAAACAAAAUGGAGUGUGCCUUCUUACUAUUAGUUCCGUGAAGUGAUUAUAAUUGUGUGUUAAAACGACAGAAAAGGAAUAAAACAAAUGUGUGUGAUCCAUGUGUGAAUGUUGUGCGACAAAAUGUGGUCAAGAAACUUUAUUCCGGAUUAUGGGAUUCAAUUAUCCAUCAUCAUAAUUCUGUCUACGUUGGCCGCGAAAAUCCACGGGGUCGAAGGUUUCGUGUCGUGUUCGCCCUCUCCGUGCAAGAACAGCGGUACUUGCCUCUCAUCUCCGAGGGGGGAAUACUUUUGCAAUUGCACGUCACGCUACGCCGGCGAGUUUUGUCAGCACCUGAACCCUUGCCACAGCGAAUCCAGUUCCCGAUGUCAGAACGGGGGCUCCUGUAGAGUCAGACCCGGUAACGGAGGAGGGUCUCCAACAUUCGAAUGUGACUGUCCUCUGGGCUUCAGCGCCUCUCUCUGCGAGAUCAAAGAACCAGCUGCCUGCGACUCAGCACCAUGUCUCAAUGGAGCAACAUGCAGACUGACGUCAUUGCAUACUUACAAAUGUGAUUGCCCCCCAGGUUAUACAGGUGAGGACUGUUCUCAUAAAGACCACUGCGCCUCGCAGCCUUGCCACCACGGAGGUCGCUGCGUCGCAGACAACACCACAACUGCUGGAUACUCCUGCGUCUGUCCUCCUGGCUACACUGGAUCCAGGUGUACUGAAGACGUCAUUGAGUGUUCGAGUGGUCCUGGGCCCUGCCAUCACGGUCGGUGUUUCAACACUCACGGCUCGUACACUUGUGUGUGUGAGCCCGGGUACACGGGGCGGGACUGUGACGCCGAGUACGUCCCGUGCGAGCCAUCACCAUGCCUGCACGGAGGGAGAUGCACGCCGCUCGACCAACUCAGAUACGAGUGUGAUUGUCCUACUGGUUACCGUGGCCAAAACUGUGAGACCGAUAUCGACGACUGCCCUGGCCACCUCUGCCAGAACGGGGCCACCUGUAUCGACGGCCUCAACACGUACACCUGCGAGUGUCCGCCCACCUUUACUGGCACGCUGUGCGAGACCGAUGUCGAUGAGUGUGCGCUCAGGCCCUUGGUGUGUCAAAAUGGCGCCACGUGUACGAACAGCGUCGGUGGAUUUUCCUGUAUCUGCGUGAACGGCUGGACUGGUCCCGAAUGUUCGGUGAACAUCGACGAUUGUGCUGGCGCGGCGUGCUUCAACGGAGCCACCUGCAUCGACCGAGUUGGGGCGUUCUACUGCAAGUGUACACCUGGGAAGACGGGUCUGCUGUGCCACUUGGACGACGCCUGCACAUCCAACCCUUGCCACGCAGACGCCAUCUGUGACACCAGCCCAAUAAAUGGCUCCUAUACUUGUUCCUGUGCAUCAGGAUACAAGGGACUUGAUUGCUCUGAAGAUAUCGACGAGUGUGAACAAGGUUCCCCGUGCGAACAUGAUGGCAUCUGCGUGAACACGCCCGGUUCGUUCGCGUGCAACUGUUCCGUGGGGUUCACUGGACCGCGGUGCGAGACCAAUGUCAACGAGUGCGAGAGCCAUCCCUGCAGGAAUGACGGCUCCUGUCUCGACGACCCUGGCACCUUCCGCUGCGUCUGUAUGCCUGGCUUCACGGGUACUCAAUGCGAAGUGGAGAUCGACGAGUGUGCCAACAACCCGUGUCUCAAUGGCGGCGUGUGUCACGACAUGAUCAAUGCCUUCCGGUGCACUUGUGUUAUUGGGUUUACGGGCGCUCGCUGCCAGGUGAAUAUCGACGACUGCUUGUCAAGUCCGUGUCGGAACGGGGGCACGUGUCAUGACUCUAUCGCGGGCUAUACCUGCGAGUGUCCACCUGGAUAUACUGGGAUGUCUUGCGAGACCAACAUCAACGACUGCCUGUCUGCGCCGUGUCACCGCGGAGAAUGUAUCGACGGUGACAACAGCUUCACCUGCAACUGUCACCCGGGCUACACCGGCCGCGUGUGUCAAACACAGAUCAAUGAGUGCGAGUCUAACCCUUGCCAGUUUGGAGGACACUGUGAGGAUCUGAUAGACGGAUACCAGUGCAGAUGCAAGCCAGGCACAUCUGGUCGCAACUGUGAGAUCAAUGUCAACGAAUGUUACUCCAACCCAUGUAGAAAUGGAGCCACUUGCAUUGACGGCAUCAAUCGCUACACAUGCGAGUGUAUCCCUGGCUUCACCGGACAGUAUUGCGAGACCAACAUCAACGAGUGUUUAUCAAACCCAUGUGCCAAUGGGGGUAAAUGUAUUGACCGCGUCAACGGGUUCCGCUGCGAAUGCCCCAGAGGAUAUUACGACGCCAGAUGCUUGUCUGAUGUCAAUGAAUGCGCUUCUAACCCCUGCAUCAACGGUGGAACCUGUGAGGAUGGAGUCAACCAGUUCAUCUGCCAUUGUCUGCCAGGAUAUGGAGGUCAAAGAUGUGAACGGGAUAUCGACGAGUGCAGUUCCAACCCGUGCCAACACGGCGGAACCUGCCACGAUAGACUCAACGCGUACAAAUGUGACUGUAUCCUGGGAUUCACAGGCGUGAACUGCGAAACGAACAUCGAUGACUGCGCGGGCACCCCAUGCCUGCACGGCGGCUCCUGCAUCGACCUGGUGAACGGCUACCGUUGCGUGUGCGCACCGCCCCAUUCUGGCCGCAACUGUGAGAACACGCUCGACCCCUGUCUGCCAAACCAAUGUCGUCACGGCGGCCGUUGCGUUGCGGAGGCGUCGUACGCGGAGUUCACGUGCCAGUGCGGCGUGGGCUGGAUGGGCGCCCUGUGCGAGCGGGAUGUGGACGAGUGCGCGGCCUCGGCGCCCUGCCACAACGAGGCCACGUGCAUCAACACGGAGGGCUCGUACGCCUGUCUGUGCGCGCGCGGCUACGAGGGCAAGGACUGCGCCAUCAACACCGACGACUGCGCCUCUUUCCCGUGCCAGAACGGCGCCUCGUGCCUGGACAGGAUUGGUGACUACCACUGCAUGUGCGCCAGUGGGUUCGCGGGGAAACACUGCGAGGUGGACAUCGACGAGUGCCAGUCACAGCCCUGCGCUAACGGAGCCACUUGCAACCAGUAUGUGGCAUCAUACACGUGCACCUGCCCGCUGGGUUUCUCCGGCAUCACGUGCCAGACCAACGACGAGGACUGCACAGAGUCGAGCUGCAUGAACGGCGGAACCUGUAUCGACGGCGUUAACUCUUACAACUGCUCGUGUCCCCCAGGGUACACGGGCUCGAAUUGCCAGUUCCGGAUCAAUAUGUGUGACAGCUCGCCUUGUGACAACGGUGCCACCUGUCACGACCACGUCACGCACUACACGUGCCACUGCUCCUAUGGGUUCACCGGCAAACACUGCGAAGCCUACGUUGAAUGGUGCGAGAACAGUCCCUGUGAGAACGGUGCGACUUGCUCGCAAAAGGGACCGCAGUACACGUGUACAUGUUCGCCGGGCUGGUCUGGAAAACUAUGUGAUGUCGAAAUGGUCUCCUGCAAGGAUGCUAGUAUUCGAAAAGGUUUAAAGCUGAAACAACUGUGCAACAACGGAACAUGCGAGGAUAUCGGAAACUCUCACAGAUGUCACUGCCUAGAUGGUUACACCGGUUCCUACUGCCAAAAGGAAAUCAAUGAAUGUGACUCAGCGCCGUGCCAAAAUGGCGCCGUUUGCAAAGAUUUAAUCGGAACCUACCAGUGUCAAUGUGCAAAAGGAUUUCAGGGACAAAACUGCGAGCUUAACGUUAACGACUGCCUGCCCAACCCUUGUCAAAAUGGCGGAACCUGCCACGAUCUUAUCAACAACUUCUCCUGCUCCUGUCCAUUCGGUACCCUUGGAAAAAUCUGCGAGAUCAACGUCAAUGAUUGCAAACAAGACGCCUGCCACAACAACGGAACUUGCAUUGACAAAGUUGGUGGAUUUGAAUGCAAAUGUCCUCCGGGAUUUGUUGGACCUAGAUGUGAGGGAGAUAUUAACGAGUGUUUGUCUAACCCAUGUUCCAACCCUGGAACGCAAGACUGCGUUCAGCUUAUUAAUGAUUAUCAUUGCAAUUGCAAGCCGGGCUUCAUGGGUAGACAUUGUGAUGCCAAAGUCAACUUCUGUGCUAACUCACCUUGCCAGAAUGGCGGUAUCUGUACCGCAAUUCAAGGCGGCCAUGAAUGCUUGUGUAAUGAUGGAUUUUACGGCAAAAACUGUGAGUACUCUGGAUAUGCCUGCGAUUCCAACCCAUGCCAGAAUGGAGGCUACUGUCGGACAUCAGAAAUUGGAGACUACGUUUGCGAUUGUCCUUCAGGUCUAUCCGGUAUAAACUGUGAAAUUGAUUCAAUGAACGAGUGCCUCAGCAAUCCUUGUAAACAUCCCGAAGCCCGGUGUAUCGACAAACCUGGUGAUUAUUUGUGCUACUGCCCGAGACAAUGGAUGGGUAAGGAUUGUGAUAUACACGACCCACAUUCCAGAGGUGGAUACGGAAGCCCUGUGACAGGGGUCUAUGGAAACAACCCUGCCUUAACUCUUCAAGAACUAGAUUUGGCCUUCCAACGGGAGCAGUGUGUGAAAUUAGGCUGUAAAGAGAAAAAAGGAGACAAUCACUGCGAUGAGGAAUGUAAUACCUUUGCGUGUGAGUUCGAUGGAAAUGAUUGUUCUCUGGGCAUCAAUCCUUGGGCUAACUGUACUGCACCAAUAAAAUGCUGGGAGGUAUUUAUGAACGGAGAGUGCAAUGAGGUAUGUAAUACCCAAGCGUGUUUGUUUGACGGGCGAGACUGCGAGAAAUCACUCCAAAGAUGUAACCCUAUCUACGACGCAUACUGCCAAAAGCACUACGCUAACGGACACUGUGAUUACGGCUGCAACAACGCUGAAUGUAACUGGGAUGGUCUGGACUGCGAAAAUGAACCUCCAGAUUUAGCAGAAGGCGUUAUGUCCAUCAUUCUGCUGAUGGAUAUGAAAACCUUUAGAGAGAACUCCAUUGCAUUCCUCCGUGACUUAGGCCAUCAACUCCGAACUACGAUUCUCAUUAAAAAAGAUCAUCUCGGUAACGAUAUGGUCUAUCCAUGGAAGGGUUCGACAGACAUUGGUCUUCAAGACACGGAGUUUGGCAAGAAACACCAUAUAGUAUUUACUGAACGUGCACAAUUAGGCGUCAAGGUUUACCUCGAGAUUGAUAACAGAAAAUGUACGACAUUAUCUGGAUCAGAGUGUUUCUUCUCAGCUCGGGAAGCCGCUGAAUUUCUGGCGGCUACUGCUUCCAAACAUUCUCUAUCUCCUGACUUUCCUAUAUUUCAAGUUAAGGGAGAAGUGACACCUGACGAAGGAGAGUCACCAACAAACUCCAAAUAUGUCUUUAUCGGAGUUAUUCUAGUCUUAUUAGCUGGUUUAUUGAUCGGUGUGCUGGUAACUGCCCAAAGAAAACGUGCUGCGGGAAUAACAUGGCUUCCGGAAGGAUUUAUAAGCAAUGGGUCUUCUUCCCGUCAUCGUGCGAGGCGGCGUGGACCAGACGGCCAAGAAAUGAGGAACUUGAACAAGGGCUCAAUGGGAUGUAUUGAUGUUGACAUAAAUGGUGGUCAUAUGGGCCCUCCCCAUUGGUCAGAUGAGGAUGAUGAUACAUCGGGUCCUAGAGCGAAGCGGGCUAGGGGUCCUGGUGAUAGCGGGGCUCCGACUGGCUAUGCUUCAGAUCACACGGCUAUUACGGACUAUGAGGAAGCGAGCCACGAGCCCAGGGUAUGGACACAGCAGCAUUUGGAUGCGGCGGAUAUCAGGGUGCCACCGAGUAUGAUGACUCCACCAGCCAUACAUGAUGGUCACGUGGAUGUAAAUGCUCGGGGUCCGCUCGGAAUGACUCCGCUGAUGGUGGCAGCCAUCCGUGGCGGAGGACUGGACACGGGAUCCGACGUGGAGGAUGAGCAGACCGCCCACAUCAUAUCCGAGCUGGUGGCCCAGGGCGCACAGCUCAACGCAGCCAUGGACAAGACUGGAGAGACCAGCCUGCAUCUAGCAGCCAGAUACGCACGUGCGGACGCGGCCAAGCGUCUUCUGGACGCGGGUGCGGACGCCAACUCCCAGGACAAUACAGGUCGAACUCCGCUGCACUCCGCCGUUGCCGCAGACGCCAUGGGCGUGUUCCAAAUCCUGUUGCGGAACCGAGCAACCAACCUCAACGCAAGGAUGCACGACGGAACCACACCACUCAUUCUAGCUGCCAGGCUCGCCAUAGAGGGCAUGGUAGAAGACCUCAUAAACGCCGACGCCGACAUAAACGCGGCAGACAACAGCGGCAAGACAGCGCUGCACUGGGCGGCAGCUGUGAACAACGUGGAUGCUGUUAAUGUCCUUCUGGUGCAUGGAGCCAAUCGGGACGCCCAAGAUGACAAGGAUGAAACCCCUCUAUUCCUCGGUGCCCGGGAAGGGUCAUACGGCGCUUGUAAAGCCCUGCUUGACGCCAUGGCCAACAGAGAGAUAACGGACCAUAUGGACAGACUACCGCGGGAUGUCGCUCAGGAGCGCAUGCACGAUGACAUUGUGAGGCUGCUGGAUGAGCACUGCCCCAGGCCGCAGCAUCAUCACCUCAUGUCGUCGCCGAACCCGCAUCCACAGUUGAUAAGCCAGCCGACGGUUAUCAGCGCUACGGGGGCGAAGGGGAAACCGAAGAAAGGGAGGGGGAAGGGUCCUGAAAGCCCCCAGGAACAGGGAUACGAUAACAAUAACAUGCAAGCCUCGCAGAUUAGACGGAAGCCAAGUGUAAAAAAGAACAAUAAGAAAGUAGCGCAGGAAGUGCCGCAGAGCGUCGAGAGCUUAGGGUUUAGUUUGAGUCCUGUCGAGUCACCGCUGCAAAAUUUACAGGACCUACCGUCUCCGUAUGACGCGACGUCUCUGUACUCCAACGCUAUGGCGCAGUUCCCGGGUAUGGAGCAGCUUGUGCAACACAAACAGCCGCCCAGCUACGAGGAUUGUGUUAAGUCGGGCGGUACGCUACAGUACGGCGUGUCUGUAGGCGGCGCCGGCGCGUCUCUGUCGCCGCCAUACUCCAACCACUCGCCAGUGCACACCAACCAGAUGACGUCACCACAUGCCUACAUAGGGUCUCCGUCGCCGGGCAAGUCGCGGCCAUCGUUACCGACCUCUCCGGCGCACAUGGCGGCCAUGCGACACCAUCACCAGCACCAUCUCGACGCUGCCGCAUACUCUGCGCUUGCGCACCUCAGUUCGAGCGGGCAACACAAUGCCCAGCUACAGGCGGUGAUGACGCACGCCGCUGCACUGUCUCACACACAGCCGCAUCACCCCGCCAUCACCAACAUCAUGUCCGGUCUCUACGGCGGCUGGGGUAUGGGUGACACUUUCCCUACACCAUCACCGGAAUCGCCUGAUCAUUGGUCUACGCCCUCCCCGCAGACCCCUCUCACGCAAUCCCCGCACUCUGAUUGGUCAGAUCGAGCUGCGCUAUCGCCCAAUGAUAUUCAACAGACCAACAAAGGAGCUACUGAAGCAAUUUUCAUUUAAAAAAAGAACAAUAAGUGCCAGUGUGAAAUAAAAUGAUAAAAAUUGGCCAUAAAUAAAAUUUACUAUUGACGUAUAGUAAGUAUGUAAUAAACAUAUUAAAUUUGGCUGUAUGUUGUUGUACAGGCCAAAUCUCAUUUAAGGAUUAGGAAAAGAGAUUUUAGCACAUUACAUAUAGGUGCUAUUGUGCCGUAGCUGAUAGACUGAUUUGUACAGCCAUGACGUAGUUAAGUAACGUGGAAAUAAAUUGUAAAUGAGCAGGUUUUCAGCUUAGAAAUUAAAUCUGUAGCUAUUUCGUCAAUUUAUUAUAAUUAGUUUUCAUUAACACACCUAGAAAAUCGCUGAGAACCUUCUCAUAUCAUUAACAUGGUGUAUCAUUAUAGACAUAACGCAAAGCGGUUUAAUUUAUUACUGGGAGUAAGUAUUUUACAAAAUGGGAGUGUUAACUUUAGCCUCUAUUUUGGCUGAAGAUGACAAUGUCAAAGCCUAUUCGACCUGAAUUCCGUUUAAAAAAAAUCGAAUAGAAUUCUAUAUUUGAAUUUUGACUAUCUGUACACCAAAAUGAAGAUGAUUGUAACGUUGUUUUUGUUGUUAAGUGGACGUUUUAUCUAUAGUAAGGCCAACAAGACGAUAGAAAGAAUGUAAAGAAGGUUUCGGGUGUUUAAAACAUUUUCAUCGACAUCUUUGAAUAUUUACAAGAAUUGAUAUAUUUCAAAGGUUGUCUACAGCUGCCAAGCUAUAUUUCCAUUAUUAAAAUAAACAACAUAACAUAAAAUAACAGCAAAAAUCAACAAGAAAACUCAGUAAAUACAGAAACGAAUAAAACGUAUUACUUCGAACGCAAUUCAAAUAACUUUUUCACAAAAUGGCCACGAAAUACGCAACGACAGCUGCUGUCGUCGACUAACUGACGGCAUUACCUACUGCUUAAGAGCUUACGAGUGAUAAGGACAGAUAUUUAUUAUUAUAUUAACCAUAGUUAUAUAUGUUAAAUUCAAAUUGAAAUAUUUUUAUUCGAAUUACGAUUCAAAAUCACUUAUUGAACGUCAAAAACUAUCACCCACUCGAAAUAGACUGCCUCAGACUUGAGAAGAACGGGCGCAAGAAACUCAGCGGGCUUUUUUUUGAAAAUUUGGUUUACAAUGUAAUAUCCUACAAUAAACAUUUAUACUUAAAGAGCCUGAGGGUGUUCGAUUCAUUCCCAGUCUGUGGUAACAUAAAGAAAAUCGUUUAUGCUAUAGUAACCUUUCCCACACAAACGUUUGUUUACAAUUCUUUUAAAUUUCUUAAUUAUAAUAUAGCAGGUAUGUGGUAGCUAUAGCGUUAAAAAUUAUCAAAACACGCUAACAGAUGGCGGUACUUCUGUUUUUCCCGUUAAACAUUUGAGAUAACUCAGUAACAGUCCGUUUGUUUACAUUCUUUUCCCCAUCUCGUUGGCCUUAGUAUACAGUCGAGAUUGUUUUGCGAUUCGUAAAAGAUUAUUUAUGUGUGAUUUAGCACGUAAUAAUUGUACUUUGUAUGUAGAUCUUUAGAUAUUUCAUAAGAUGUUAAAUUAUGCUAAUAUAAUUUGGAGCCUGUAAUGAAAUACGUAAUUAUAGAUGUCGUUUUGUUUAUGUUUUUUUUUAUUUACCGUUCAUUCCGAAUCAUUCCAAUAUUGCUUCCAUUAUAAAUGUGGGAUGACGAAAAAAUCUUCUAGCUUGCUAGUACCUACAUAAUUAUGUAAACAGUUUUUUUUACAAAAAAUAUAGCGGUAAUUGUUUAGAAUAUUAGUGCAUAUUAUGUUUUUUAAAAACCAAUGUGUUUGGAGUGAGGCAGUAAACACUCAUUUACUUUUAUUUUUUUACUGAUAUUAUUUUUAUGCUAAGUUCGUCAUCUCAAGUUUUCAGUACAUUGCGUACGAGAUCUCAUCAUUCCAUUUUGCUUUAAAAUCCGCUCAAUUGUAGACAUUUCCAUAUUGUAUCAUAUAUUAUGUAAGUUUAUGAAACUUCGAUAUCGCCUAUGUAAAUAAUAUUUUAUGAUAGUUAAGUGUUUUGUGUCUUCGUUAUGUGCCAAUGAGAAACUGGUACCCGAUAUGUCUUGGUGAUGUACUCGAUUUGUUUAUAAAAAAAAAGAUUUUUAGAUCAUAUCUAUGGAUUAUUAACUUCAUUUGUCUGAUUUUUUCGCCUAGGAUUUUAUUUCUUGUAAUCAAAUAAAUUCCAAGAUAUUUUAAAUACAUUUUUUUCGUUCAUUUUUGGUGGGUAUUCCCAAGACCGAAUUAAAAACUUGAAUUUAAAGGUUAAAUCAAUGUUUUCUUAGCAUUUAGAGUACUUUUAGAAAGGCGCGCUUCCUUCUAUAAAUUCUUUAAGUGUAAUUAUGACGUUAAGUACAAAAUAUAUGAAUCUGUGUAAUGCCUGGUUCCUUUAAAAUUUCAAAUAGGUACCUUCUUUAUUUAAAUAUUGUUAUAUUUUGUUUUAUGAAAUUAAAAUAAAUUAUGUUUGAAUUGUAUCUUAUAGUUCGGUAAUUUUAUUAUUUAUCAUUCUACUAUACAUAUUUGCUUUUAUUUGUAAUAAAGAAGGUUUACAUAAGUAGUUACAGUAGUAGUUUUUUUAUGGAGACUAUCUACCUAACCGUCUAUAUAUUCGGAUUCUUGGAUUGUAUCGGAAGCAUAGGUGAUCACUUAUCUACAGGUGACUCACUUUUCAUGUACGUGAUUUAAAUUUCAGUAGUGUGAAUUAUUGAAAUUAACUAUAAGAAAACUAUUGUUAAUGAUUUAUAGAAAAAAAUACAUUUUUACUGUACAAUUAUGUAUGAAUUUGCAAGAAAUUUAGAAUUAUUCUACCUUUUAGGAAUCGGGCAACAAUUUAUUCUCAACUGUCAAUCUAAUGUCACUUGUGUAGCUGUCAAUGUCAUUUUGUCAAAUUUGGCGCGUAAUUGUAAUGCAAUGGAAUGCGGCACAUUUAAUCGAGCAUGAUCUUUGUUAUGUGCCUUCGUAUUGUAUCUAAAUACUGUUAUUUAAGCGAGGUAGUUUGUAAGUGUAAAUAUUUUUUAUCGAUUACUAUUGAAUGCAUUUGUUUGUAAGAUUUUUAAAUGAGGAGAAUAGUAUUUUAAAUAUUUUCCUGUAAUGACAAUAAAGGAAUCAAUUUUA